AUGUCAAGAGCUGAACAAUAUCAAUCUGACCUCCGUCAUAGAAAAAAACUGUUUGCAGAUGAAUCCAAAAAGUAUUGUGAACUGGAUAUAAUUGCAAAUGCAAUGUUGUUGUUUACGGCUGGUUCUGAAACUGUAACUGCCACAGCAUCUUUCUGUUUUUAUGAAUUGGCACUGAACAAAGAUAUCCAAGACAGAUUACGUGCCGAGAUAAUCUCGUCGAAAAUAAAACAUGGUGGACAGAUCAACAACGAAUUUUUGGAAGAUCUUCAUUACGCCGAUAUGGUUUUAGAUGAAACUCAUCGUAAGUACACGAUAAUUACCGCCCUGUUGAGAGGAGCUACACAAAAUUAUAACGUACCCGGGGAGUCAUUAAUGAUUGAAAAAGGGCAAAAAGUCUUAAUACCUAUUUACAGUAUACAUCACGACCCAAAGUAUUAUCCAAAUCCCGAAACUUUCGAUCCCGAAAGAUUUAAUGCUGAAGAAAAAUCUAAGCGACCCAAUGGAACAUUUUUACCAUUUGGCGAUGGACCUCGCCAUUGCAUAGGAAAACGUUUCGCUGAAUUGGAAUUGAAAAUAAUUUUAACAAAAAUGUUAUCGAGAUUUGAAAUUUCGCCUUGUGAAAAAACGGAAAUACCGCUGCAAAUGAAAAAAGAACGUGGAAUAACUUCACCAAAAAAUGGAAUUUGGUUAAAUUUUAGUCCGAUUGUGGAUUAAUACGUGAUAAUAACUCAUAAUAUAUUUUGGUAUCGAUACAAUAUGAUAUUCCUACAUAAUAAUAUUUUACUGCUUUAACUAUUGGAAUUAAAUGAACUAUUUGUUCAAUGUAUUUCAUAAAUUGCAUAUUUUUCAGUAAUUAUAUGAUACGGAUCAAAUAGUUAGUCAGUUAUUUAUAGCGUAUUCGAAGUUACAUUAAUCUGGAAUAUAACAAUUUUAUAAUUAAUAUAUUAUUGAAAAUUAAAAUACUAUGAUGAUACCACCUGUAGGCUGUAGUUACGAAUAAUAUUGAUAUUUUAUGUAAUAUUGUAUAUAAUUGUUGUUAUAUUAUGCAUUACUAAAGUUCUUCACGGUUACUUACAUCACGAUCUGUUCAAGAUGUGUUCAGUUCAUGGUCAUAUAUUAACGAAUAUCARCAGUGCGAGUUUACAAUAAACAAUAAAUAAACAAUUA